GAAAUGCUCCUUUAAACCUUCAAAAUGGCGAAAUGCUGAUAGCUACACGAUAGACUUAAGCUACUUAUAAUUUAUGACAACCCAUUUUGAAGUAACUAGGGAACUUACUCAAAAUUCAGGUGCACAUCAUUCUCACUGGACCCAAGAUUUCCCUGCUGGGCACGUUUUUACUUUUGGUUACUUACAAAACAAUAAAAUUAAAUGCGAUUGGGUUAAUUUAGUCUCCAGAGUUCAUUGUUUAAUUCAUGCUUGCGAAGAAAAAGGAAUAAUGUUUGAAUGUAGCAACAAAACAUUUAGCUAGGAAAAAAAAGGAUUUAGAUAACAGAUGUAAAUAGCAAAGGGUUUCCUCGUCGGUGAGAAAUUAACUAUAUAAAUUCAAAGUUAUAAAGAGCCAUUACAGCAACGUAUACAUUUUUAUGUAAACUAAAAAAAAAUUUUUGCAACAUAAAAAAAAAAUGUAAAAUAAAAUGUUAUUUCUUACGACACGAAUACGAAGUAAAAGUUUUCACAAUGUGUAAGGUAGCAGACAAAUGUGAGCUAUCGAUAAAAAUUACGCUACGACGAAUUCCCGUUUUUUAUCUUAUACUCGCACACGUACUCACAAAUCAUUCACUUACUGUACUCGCAUGCGCAAGAGGCUAUACUCGAGGGUAGGAAGUAGUAUACUCGCCGAUUACUCGUACUCGUCUUCCACUUUACUCGGCAUUUAAUGUACCCGUACUCGUAUACUCGUGUAUAGUUAUCGCAAUCGGGACUGUACUUAUAUCAGGAACCGCAAUUAACAUGUGGUGAACUGUUGGUCCACCACCAUGUAGAUACUUCUGGUGUUUGUGGCCUUAUGGUACAGAUCUUUUUACAGUGAAAGGUGUUGAUUAAACAAUCGUUAAGAAGGAGGAGGGUUGAUUCCUCAAGAGGUUGUCAGGUCACACGCGCCCACCACACAACCUAACGGGUAUACUCUAAUUAAACCUGAUUUUUCUUAAUUACAGUAUGGUCUUACAUGCCUUGUCCAUCAAAACCUUCAAUUAUUUGUCUUCUGACUGGUAGCUAGCUAAAUUAUGUAAUUUAAACUUGUUUUCACAGGUGAUAAAAAAGUUACCAAAUUAACAGUAUUUUAAUUAGCAAGUCAUGAAAUUAACAGUCUUUAAAUUAACACUGCGUUUAAUAUUAACAGUCAGCAAAUUAACGCAGGUUUUAAAAAAUCGUGUUAAUUUCAUGACUCUUUAAUUUCAUGGAAUAAGGUAGCUUUAUGAUUAGCUUUGUGCUCAUUGGUUGAUUGUAGUUCAGGGUUUGCUGUGACAUUUGUUUAUACACGUCUACCUUUCGUUUGUGCGAAGAAAAAGGUUGGGUUGUAAGCAACAAAAGUGGUGAUUUUUUAACCUCAUGAACAUUUAGGUCUUUCUGGAAUCAGAAUGGUCAUUGAAUGUUAGGUCUCAUCAGGUAUAUAAGAAAUAUAGUGUGCUGAGUUCGAGGUUGACAAUUUCUAGUAGGGAAAUCUUUGAUGCGCUUGUAUGAACAUUGACAGAGGUGGCACGGCGAGACACAUCUAUUUUUACGUUUUAUAAAAACUUAUUUAGUAGUUCAUUGUGAAAUAGCUACCACUACCAAAAACAACUACUGUGUGAGAACUUGGAAUUGCUUCUGGUGCACACAUGAUAAAGACGGUAGUCAUCUUGUAUUUAAAUAUUGCAAUGAUAUGCAACACAUUAUGUUUUUAGAAGCAUCUAAAGAGCUAAGCUAACAAAAAUUAUGCUUGGUGGUAAGGAAGAUGCAAGUUGUAUCGUUGACCUACAGGCUAUAAGUUCAUUAAUAUCACAUUUUUCAAAACAUUCGUAUAAAGCUGAUGCAACUUCAUCUAUGGUAAGCCAGGUUGAAGAUACAUGUUUACAAAUUUUUCAAAAAGGCUAUCAAUGUAAUAUUUUGUACAACAAUGGCGGAAAUCACUGUUCACACUAUCCAACAAAAAUUAUUAUCUCUGCAGGUGAGAAGAGCUUUGAAAGGCAUAAAGAAAUUUCUUUGGGAAACUUGAAUGAUUUGAUCAGCAAAUCCAAAAAGGCUAGAUGUCGAUCUAGAUUUGUUAUUCCUGUGUUGUGGAUUAAAGAAAAGUUACAUAUGUUACAGUGUAUCUGUCGAUCAUCAACUCUUGCUUCAGCAGCAGAACUUUAUGGGAGGUCAGGAUAUGACUAUUUAUUUUCAGGAGGAAAAAAUGUAGCUGUAAAUAAAGAGCCAUCAGCUCGCACACAAGAUGGUGCCAUUGUAGAUAAGGUUCGUGGGUAUGAUAUACAGCUGCUAAAAGAAUUAUCUGUAAAGUAUAUACUGGAUUUAAUGCUAGAAAGAAAGAAAGUCAAAUAUGGAUUGAACAUAACAUCAUCAGAAAAAGUGGACAAAGAAAACAGAUAUGGUGAUUUCGAAAUUGCAUCAAGUCCAUAUCCUGGUUGUGAGAUUUUUCAAAAUUUUAAGAAUAAUGGUUAUUGUGGUGAAGGAGUUUGUUUUGACUGGAGCCAAGAUUUUGCUGAUGCAUUUUUAAGCAUACCUACCAGUGUCCCGUUACCUGUAAAUAUAGAAUGGAAGAAUUACAAGUUGUGGGAUUUGGUCACACUCACCCAAAAUUACUUACGUUUAAUACUUUCCAUAAUUGGUGAAGGAAAAGGCAAUCUUUUAAUUCACUGCAUAUCAGGAUGGGAUCGGACACCUCUCUUUAUAUCACUGAUUCGUAUGUCACUCUGGGCUGAUGAUAAGAUCCAUCAGUCUUUAUCAGCUGAAGAAAUUUUAUACCUCACCAUAGCAUAUGAUUGGUUUUUAUUUGGUCAUAACCUGCAAGACAGAUUGGUAAAAGGAGAAGAGAUAUUCUAUUUUUGUUUUGAUUACUUAAAAUACAUUGUCUCAGAAGAAUUCGUCCUAAAAAGUGAAAGAUUCAACACACAACAAUGUCGCAAUAAAGAUGAAUCUCUGCUAUCAAAAAUUGAUGGAAUUUCUUUAGAAUCAUCUUGCGGAAAUGCAUCGCAUGAUUUUUUUUCUUGUAAUGAUGACGCCUGUACAUCCUCCAUGUCACCUCACACAACAAGCAACAAACAUGGCAUUCAACAAAGUCGCACAACAAAGCUGGCAACUGUCCGCUCUUUGUUUUUAACUGUUUAUGCUGCAGAGAUAGGCCAUGAUACCAGCCAAAACACAAAUACUGGACUGGCUGGUAUCCUGGAUGGCAUAACAUCUAAAAUGAUAAAAGCAGCGCGAGUUGCAUACAUAUGAUGACAUACUAGAGUAUACUGAGGAUGAUUGUGAUAUCUGAGUAGUUAUAUUUGACAUGCCUAUGUGUGUAUAUAAUGCACCAGUAGUAUAUUAGUGUCCAUAUUUCAGUACAUAACUUGGAAAUUAUUUUUGUUGGAAUUAGUAGUUGGAAUUUUUGAGAAAAAGAAAAGAGUAAAGUAAAUAAUAAUAAAAAUUGAUAGUACCAAACUCUCCAAAUUGAUUUUGUAAGAUAUCUUGCAAUUUCACUCGCGUGGGCGCAAGUUAAAAACUUGAAGGAUAUAAUUUUAAUAGUUUUUUUGUUAUUAGUUGCGAUGUUGUUACUUUUAUUAUAACUAGGUUUAUUCAUAUUUUUGAAAUAUAAUUUAUCUAGAUAAUAA